AUCCGGGUUUCUUGCUGCAAGCUGUUGGAUCUUCUUCGCUUGUCUCCUUGAUCUUCUUCGCUUCUUUCUGCCACCUUCUCUCAGUAUCCUCUUUCAAAGAUCUCUUGGCCCAGAACUCGUCGCCUUCGCACACUCGUUCAGGAUUGCGCCGUGCUUGUUCGAUUUGUGCCUCGGCUUGUUUUACAUCUUUGAUUCCUCUUAGUGGGAUACAAGCUGUGCUUCCUUCUAAUACGCUGCUCGACUUGACUUGUUACAUAUUUUGACCGCACGAUCUGAAAGUGUCAAUCACCUACCUGACGAAGGCCAACACCUUUCAUCUCACGCAACAACGUUGCGAUGCAGCGUUUAGUAAACUCAUGCUUUAUUGUCUGGGUGCCUUUAAUGUUUUCCUUCCAAUUUCUGAUUUGCAAUGCAAGCGCAACUCAUAAAUUAUCUCGAAUGGACAUCGAUGUUAGCAGUGCUGAAAUAUUGGGUGAAGUGCAGCAAUUGAGAUUGGUUCAAAAUCAAAUAAGGGAACUCGAAACGGUCAAUGUACAAUUAAGGAGAAGAUUGCAUGCUGCAUCCUCUGAACAGAAAUGCUUGAGUGAGAAGCUGGUGUCACUUGGAUUUCUAGCUUCCGAAGACGACUCCGAUGGUCAAGCACAUUUGCGAUUGCGUGGAGGAACCAACGGGAAACGGAACAUGGCCUGCCCUCCCGAGCUAUCUGUUUCGCAACUCUGUAGAGGCGUUGCACUCAGAUGAUUGCUGCACAAGGUGUUCUUACUGUACUCUAGGUAUAUUAGCAUAUCUGAAUCUUU